UCAUGAAUGCUUGCGUGAAAUUGACCAUCCCGUUUGCCUUUUCAGUUAUGCGGUCCUAGUUUUCUUUGGAUCCCCACAAUUCUUAGUAAGCAAACAGGCCCUAGUUUUGCCACCUUCAACAAUUUUUUAUCUAUUGGACUGCUCGUCUUCACACAAUGUGAGAGGGUUCCCUGUUGCAAGCCGACUAGGUAAUUUUUUCUAGGUUUUUGCAGCAGUAAGGGUUGUGAAAAGAUGGCCCCAGGUGACAACAAAGUUGCUGCCAACACCAUCGAAUUUCCACAGUUCGACAUUUUAUCAGGUGAUUCAGCUCAUUCAGAUCACUACUUCAUUCAUUCUAACAAGUCCAAAAAGGCUCAAGGCUGCUUCAACGAUUCAACAAGUGCCGUGUCGAAGAAAAUUGCAAAAGAGUGGAAAAUCCUUGAGAAAGAUCUUCCUGACUCCAUUUAUGUACGAGUUUAUGAGCAGAGAAUUGACUUGCUUCGAGCUGUGAUCAUUGGUGCUGCUGGAACUCCUUAUCAUGAUGGUCUUUUCUUCCUUGACAUUGUUCUGCCUUCUGAUUAUCCAAACCAACCUCCUAAAGUGUAUUAUCAUGCCCAUGGCCUGCGUUUAAAUCCCAAUCUAUAUUCAAACGGGACGGUUUGCUUGAGUUUGAUCCAUACUUGGACCGGUCGAGGUGUGGAGUUAUGGACUCCUGCUAAGUCCACCAUUCUUCAGCUGUUGGUCUCCAUUCAAGGACUUGUGCUUAACAGUAAGCCAUACUUCAAUGAGCCUGGACGUGAAGUUGGACUGUACAGCAAGGCUGAACGUUGGACCAAAAAAUCAAUGGCUUAUAAUGAAGAGGUUUUUAUCUUGUCUUGUAAGACAAUGCAGUACAAUUUGCGAAAGGCAUCAAAGGGUUUUGAGAGUUUUGUUGUAGAACAUUUUCGAGCACGUGGAGAUUUUAUAUUGGCGGCUAUCAGGGCUUAUAUAAAUGGUGAUGCUACCGUUGGCCAAUAUCAAGAGUGCGUAUCAGCUUCAUUGUCCUCUGUUCCAGUGUCAAGCAAAUUUAAGGCAAAUUUGGAGAAGAUGCAUUUGGAUCUUAGGUCGGCCUUCCAUGGGAUUGACACUUCUCCACCAAAAAUGAAGAAAUUACCAUUGGAAGGCAUGAGAGAAGAAAAAGAAGCGACGUCAGAUGCAGUGAAGUCUCGGUCAAGUGCGGAAGAAUCCAAACAAGGAAUAUCAAGCAGAAUUUUGAAGGUCCUGAAGAAGAUUUUUGAAUGAAGACUGGUAACGUUGUUGACAUCAAAAUUCGUUUUAAUGGUGUAGAGGAGGAAGUAGACGGGAGUAGAACAGUUAUAAUUUUCUGUUUGACUAGAUAUAUUUGUUUCCAAGAUCAUGGGGCCAGAAACUGAUGAUGGUCUUAACUCAAUUCUUACAUGGCAGAAUAUAACGGUCAGAUCUAAUUGCUCUUUUGCAGAUA